UGCGGCGUGGAGGACUCACAGGAGAUGCCUCUACCCCUCCCCUUCCAGGGCACCACCCUCGAGGUGACACUGCCCUGCCUCGGGCUAGUUACCCCUGCACUGCUUCCCCUGGAUUGCUGAAAGCGCACCCUGCUGACUUUCCGUUCUUCGGCGCCCCCUGUCCCUGGACAGAGCUGACAAAGGAGAUUCCUGCGGGGAGCCUUGCCUCCUUAUCGCCCGAAAGUGCUGAGCCAAGAGCUCAGCCGCCCCUUUUGCAGAUGUGAAGGGCCAGUGAACCUUGGACCCAGACGGUUGCUUAACAUCCCUCUCCCCCGCCCUCGCCCCUUCCUUCCCCCUCCCUCAACCCCUCCACCCUCCUUGACUUAAAUCCCACGGGCAUUUUUCUUCCCUUGCACCGAGCGGGCAGCUUCAGAAGAGAAGGUUGUACCACUGUUCCCCGGAGGGUGCGUCUCCACGCGACUGCGGGCCACCGCCCUGGGAACCCGCUCCCAUCCAGGGCCGGGGAGUAAGUGGCCAUGCCAAACAGCUGGUGAAGGUUUGCCUGCGCUUCCCCCACCAUGGUUGACGGUGUCAAAUAUGAAGUGGCCUCCCAGCAUGAGGUGGAUGCGGCCCCUCAGAAAGAUGGGGCGAGCCCAGGGUCGGAGCAGGUGAAGCUGAAGAAGGAGAUCUCCCUGCUCAAUGGCGUGUGCCUCAUUGUGGGGAACAUGAUCGGCUCGGGCAUCUUCGUCUCCCCCAAGGGCGUGCUCAUGUACAGUGCCUCCUAUGGCCUCUCGCUGGUCAUCUGGGCCGUCGGGGGCCUCUUCUCUGUGUUCGGGGCCCUUUGCUAUGCGGAACUGGGCACCACCAUCAAGAAGUCAGGAGCCAGCUAUGCCUAUAUCCUGGAGGCCUUUGGGGGCUUCCUCGCCUUCAUCCGCCUCUGGACGUCGCUGCUCAUCAUCGAGCCCACCAGCCAGGCCGUCAUCGCCAUCACCUUCGCCAACUACAUGGUGCAGCCCUUCUUCCCCAGCUGCUUCGCCCCCUAUGCUGCCAGCCGCCUGCUGGCUGCUGCCUGCAUCUGUCUCUUAACUUUCAUAAACUGUGCUUACGUCAAGUGGGGAACUAUGGUACAGGACCUUUUCACCUAUGCUAAAGUAUUAGCGCUGAUUGCGAUCAUCAUUGCAGGCAUCGUUAGACUGGGCCAAGGAGACACUACUCACUUUGAGAAUUCUUUUGAGGGCUCAUCACUUGCAGCAGGUGACAUUGCCCUGGCGCUGUACUCGGCUCUAUUUUCCUACUCCGGCUGGGACACCCUCAACUAUGUCACUGAGGAGAUCAAGAAUCCUGAGAGGAAUCUGCCCCUGUCCAUUGGUAUUUCCAUGCCUGUUGUCACCAUCAUCUACAUCUUGACUAAUGUGGCCUAUUACACUGUGCUAGACAUGAGGGACAUCUUGGCCAGUGAUGCUGUUGCUGUGACUUUUGCAGACCAGAUUUUUGGAAUAUUCAACUGGGCAAUUCCCUUUGCAGUUGCAUUAUCCUGUUUUGGUGGCCUCAAUGCCUCCAUUGUGGCUGCUUCUAGGCUCUUCUUUGUGGGAUCCAGGGAAGGCCAUCUCCCUGAUGCCAUCUGCAUGAUCCAUGUGGAGCGGUUCACACCAGUGCCUUCUCUGCUCUUCAAUGGGAUCAUGGCACUCAUCUACUUGUGUGUGGAGGACAUCUUCCAGCUCAUUAACUACUACAGUUUCAGUUACUGGUUCUUCGUGGGGCUCUCUAUCGUGGGUCAGCUCUAUCUCCGCUGGAAGGAGCCUGAUCGACCUCGCCCCCUUAAGCUCAGCCUUUUCUUCCCCAUUGUCUUCUGCCUCUGCACCAUCUUCCUGGUGGCUAUUCCACUUUACAGUGAUACCAGAAACUCCCUCAUCGGCAUCGCCAUUGCCCUCUCGGGCUUGCCCUUCUACUUCCUCAUCGUCCAAGUGCCAGAGCACAAACGGCCUCUUUGCCUCCGAAGAACCGUGGCAUCAGCCACCUGGUACGUUCAGGUCCUGUGCAUGUCAGUUGCUGCAGAAAUGGAUUUAGAGGAUGGAGAAGAGAUGUCUAAGCAACAGGAUCCCAAAUCUAGUUAAAUACCUAUUGGAAUCCUGAGGUGGGGACAAGGCCUCCCGUUUCCUAGAAGAUGGAGUCUACGAAGUUGAAAGCUCACUUUGGAGGUAUCCUCCAGAAGUCUCAUCGAGGCAGCUUCAGCCACUGAACUUGCACCUUGAGACAUGAAUAGUAAUUUAUUUGUUUUGCUACAUAUUGCUCUAGACUUUUUAAGGGAUGACAAAGCAGACUGGUGGGGAGCAUGUCAGGGGUGGGCCUAGUGGUUCUGGUGGUGCCUGUGAGCGUACCUACCCAUUCCUCCCUUUUCUUAAAAAGGGCCAACAUCGUUCCAAACUGCCUGUCUCCUCAGACAUGAAACUAUCAGGUGCUGGACAAGAAUAAAAGGCUUAUGUUCCUUUAGUCUGUGUGGCUUCAUUUUACAGUCUCUCCAGGAAGGAUCCCACUAAUCCAAACAAGGAAGGACUGAACAAAAUCUAAUGCAUCAAAAUACCUGAGAGUUUCUUCCCUGUCAAGCUGAUGGCGGCUACAUGAAGGC